AUGGUAAUUACAAUUCGCCUCGUCUCUCCAAAGGUGACGAAGCGACUAAACCCUAAUCUUGUGAGUGUCCUUCAAACAUGGAAACGCAGCUAUAUUCCUCCAUGGACAUUUUUAUUCCAUUUUCUCGAAAUUUUAUGUAUUAUUUUUUAUUGCUACGGUGUUAUUUAUCCAACAAUCGAUGGAGUAUAUCACACAAGAAAGCAAUUAACAGAUUUACUAUUUCCAAAGCAAACAGAUGAUGCUCCAUACGCAUUUGUUGAUGAUAUUUCAGAUUAUUUCGACGAUUUUCUCGAAAACCUUGAAAAUUUCACCAAAGGAUCGUUUUCAAAUAUGGAAUUUAUCAAUCAAACUCGCCCAGUUAAAUUCCAAAUCAAUUGGGAAAAUGGUUCAGAAAUCAAAUACAACCAAAUAGAUGUUAACUACGAACUAUUUCGCCACGUAUAUUCAAUAAGCGCCUUUACAUCUUUCGUUAUAUACUCGAAUGAAACCGAUGUUAUAGGUUGUACCCAGUGGGAUAUCAAUGUUGCGAUUUACAAGCCAGAAGGUGGAUAUGGCUUCAUUCCAGAUCCAAAAAUUAGUUAUAGCUCGUGUCCUUCGCACUACAUUUCAGACAAUAGAGAAGAAAGAAAAAGAAUUUCUCGAAAAAGAAUUUUUAUUAAGCAUAAUGUAAGGAAUUUCAGAGAUGUCGAGAUCAGAUAUGAUCCAAAUAGAGCAGCAACAGACAAAAUUACUAUUCAAAACGUUCUCGAUUGCAUUAAAAACAAAACAUUAAAUAAAUACAUUCCUCCUCCAAUAGAACCGCCAAAGAAAACAUUCAACAGAGGCACCUUGUCAUUAUACAAUGUCAUGCAGCGCUUCGGAUUGAUGUUUUUACUCAUUUCCGGUAUGGAAUUUUAUUUAGAUUCGUUAAACAUCUGGAAACUAUUUUCCAUACACAGAAAACGUCUUCUUGUUGAUAGUAUAUACAAAGAAUUGACUUUAUUUGAUCAAUUCCAUACAACAAUUGGAUUUUGGAAUAUAUUUUUCUUCAUUAAGAGCGUUUUAGUUGUUAUCCUAUCUCUAAUAGUGAUCAGUGAUAGCUCCAAGAUAUCACAAUACCCAUCCCAUCGCUCCAUGCACAUUUUCGGCGUCGCAUCUUUUAUUGCAACGUCAUGUGCACUUAGAUGGUUCAUCCACUGGCCAAAAGUGUACCGUCUGACUCUUUUAUUCGUCAAUGGUAUACGCAGAAUCGUUAUAAACCUCGCCAGCCAGUCAAUUAUCCUUCUUUCUUUGAUGCUUGCAACUGUUUUUCUUUUCGGAUUCGUUGCACAAAAAGCAGAAUCAUUUAUUGACCUUUUGAAGCUGUUUAUCUCCAUGAUCUUCGGAGAUAGUUUGUAUCCAACGUACACAGAGUUCAGUGAUGGCUCUUUCGAAUAUAAUUUGAUGUCUUUCAUUUUUAACUCUUUCUUGAUCAUGGUUUUGAUUUGGAUUUUCUUCACAGCGAAUACAGCUAUCAUGACAUGGGUCGACCACCAUAUUAUUUCUCAGCUUACUCAAUAA